AUGUCGUCGAGGUCGGGCUCGGGACCGAAUCCCCAGCGGCCUCGAGACUCGCUGCAGGACUUCCCUCCGCUGUCUCCGCCAUCGACGUUGUCCUCUCUGCGCACCCUCAACUCGCCGCGGGGCCGCGAUGGCGCUGCAGCUCCCCGAUCGCCACCGCGUUUUCAAUGGUCCUCCACGGCCGCCCGCAGAGCCGAGCGGAUUCGAAACCUCGACGAGCGGUUGGCAUCCCGCGCCGAAGAGAGAGAGCGCCAUCUAGACUACAGCGGGCGCUAUUCGCUGCGACGCUUUCCUCGCAUGCAUGCCACAGAAGGCCGGAGCUCCAACUUUGAGGAGCUGGACCGAUCCCUCGACGAGGCAAACUCCAAUCUCAGAGCACUGCUCGACCUUACCCAUUCCGCUCUGACCCAUUCCUCUCUUACUUCAAUCCCUCAGCCUCUCCGCUCGCAUGAUUCCCCAGAUGACAACCGCCGGAACAAGCGCCGGAAGCUGGACGCGGAUCGACUCGGCUCUGGUGGUGUCAAGGCCUUCCGCUAUGGCAGGUAUGGACAGGUGGAGCCGGGCCAGUUGCGAAUGGAGAUUGUGAGCUGCGACGGUGGCAUGUUCUCCAACCAGUCGUCGUACGCGGCCGAGAACAUCCUCAAGGACGAUAAUUCUGUCUAUUGCACCAAGGGAAACAGAUGCAACAUCAUUCUGCAGCAUCAAGGCGCGACGGUAUUUACACUAAAGGAGCUCAUCAUCAAGGCUCCAUGCGCCACCAACUUCUCCCACCCCGUUCGAGAGGGCAUGAUUUUCAUCACCAUGAACCAAGACGAUAUGCUAAAUCGCACGGCUCAAUACCAAAUCCAGUAUGGCCCAAAUUCGAGGCAGCGUCCACGAGCUGGAGAAGGGGAUAAUGCAUUGGUUCUUGAGCGAGAACCUCGCCACAUAAUUUCUAUCCAGCACCAUGACGACGGCACUACGAGUACCAGGACUAGAACGUCCUACGUGUAUCGAGCUGAAGACGACGACAAUCAUCUACCCGAAAUGCCUGAGGAAUUCAGCAGGGAGAUGUCCGAUUUCCGCGUGACUACGGAGUGCAGCGACGAGGAAGACGACGAUGACGACGGUUUUGAUGGCCCACGAUUCCAUCGCACCCCCAAUCGCAUUGGCUCUCUGCCCUUUGAGAGUGCAGAGUCAGAUGCAGAGGAUAUCGUUAUGCCCUUUAGCCCUCAGGAUACCUCGGACGACCUUCUUCUCCAUCACAGCCGCCGCCACAACAUCAUUCACCGGCCAAGGGACAGAAGUCACGACCACGCGCCCAGUUUCGCUCUCUCUGAGGCGUUGGAUGCGCAUGCUAAUGCCACCCAAGAAGCCGUCCGUGCGGUCGGCGGCGGCGGCUUACUCGCUCCUCAUGCACGCUUCUACAUUGAAAAGAAGAAGAGCAAGUGCACUAUCAAGUUCGACCCACCAGUCUCGGGACGCUACAUCCUUCUCAAAAUGUGGAGCUCGUCUCACGACCCAGGGAGCAAUAUCGAUGUCCAGUCUGUCAUCACUCGAGGCUUUGCUGGGCCACGGUACUUUCCUUCUGCUGAGCUGCGAUGA